AUGACAGACGAAAAAAACCCAAUCCUAAACCCGCAAGCAGAGGGGAGUAAUGCCGCCUCUGGGAGUAAGAAUAAAGGGAAAGAAAGAGCCAGUGAAACAGAGGGAAAUUUUGUGUCUAUUGAAAAAGAAAUGGAAAGACAUAAUUUAGUAGACCUCUCCUUAAACACUUUUUCAGAAAAGCAAAAUCAACUAGCUCAUGAAUUAGAAAACAGUAAACAAGUUCUAAUAAGAGUAAAGGAACUAAUGACUGAUAAAGAAAGAGAAGCACAAGUCAAAAUAACAGAGUUAGAUGGAAUAAUAAAAGAACAAAAUAAACAACUAUCCACAGCACAACAAGAAGCAAAUAAUCUAAAAGAAAAAUUUGAAAAACGAAACCAAGAAUAA